AUGGACCUCUCACACUCUCAAUCCAACUUGUCCCUCGGAUUUUCCUCUUCCCACGCUUCGCCGCCUCGACGUUCCGACCCGCCGGUGCAGCUGCAGCUGCUCGAACCUCCACCGCACCCGCCGGAAAACGGAAGCUUGGAUGUCGAAUCGGACGACGAUGAUGACAGGGAAGUGGAAGAGUUUCGAAUUCUAGGCCACUCAAUGUGCUUGAAGAGGCGAAGGGAUUGCGACUCCUCGUCCUCCUCCUCAACGAAGAGGGUUUCCGUGGACUCCGAUCUCGACGCGCGUAAGGUUGCCGUGCGCUCGUGGGGCUGCCAACCCCUCGCAGUUGCGGACCCCGACAUCCACGAGAUAAUGGAAAAGGAGAAGAAGAGGCAAUUUCGCGGGAUUGAACUCAUAGCGUCUGAGAAUUUCGUGUGCAGGGCCGUGAUGGAGGCGUUGGGAAGCCACUUGACGAACAAGUACUCUGAGGGAAUGCCCGGUGCGCGAUAUUACGGUGGUAAUCAGUACAUCGACGAAAUCGAAACGCUUUGUUGCGAACGCGCGUUGAACGCGUUUGGUCUCGACCCCAAGUGUUGGGGGGUGAACGUGCAGCCAUACUCGUGCACCUCUGCGAAUUUCGCUGUUUACACGGGGCUGUUGUUACCCGGCGAUCGUAUCAUGGGGUUGGAUACCCCUUCUGGAGGGAACACUAGUCACGGUUACUAUACUCCCAAUGGGAAGAAAGUUUCCGGGGCUUCCAUUUUCUUUGAGAGCUUGCCUUACAAGGUGAACCCUCAAACGGGUUACAUUGAUUAUGAUAAGCUUGAGGAACGGGCGCUUGAUUUUCGCCCCAAGAUACUUAUUUGUGGUGGGAGUUCUUAUCCCCGAGAGUGGGAUUACGCGAGGUUUAGACACAUUGCGGAUAAGUGUGGAGCUGUGUUGUUGUGUGACAUGGCACAGAUUAGUGGCAUAAUUGCAGCCAAGGAGUGUGUGAAUCCUUUUGAUUAUUGUGACAUUGUUACUUCCACAACUCACAAGAGUCUUCGAGGUCCAAGGGGAGGCAUAAUAUUUUAUCGGAAAGGUACAAAGCCGAGGAAGAGAGGGAUACUUCUAAGUCAGGGUCAUGAAAGUGAUCAAUAUGACUUUGAAGAAAAGAUAAAUUUUGCUGUUUUUCCAUCGUUGCAAGGGGGGCCGCAUAAUAACCACAUUGCUGCACUUGCUAUAGCUUUAAAACAAGUGGCUACUCCUGAGUAUAAGGCAUACAUGCAGCAGGUGAAGAAAAAUGCUCAAGCUUUAACAUGUGCUUUACAGAGAAGAAAAUGCCGUCUAGUUACUGGGGGUACGGACAACCAUUUAAUACUUUGGGAUUUAAGGCCCCUGGGAUUGACAGGUAAAUUUUACGAGAAGGUCUGUGAAGCGUGUCAUAUUACAUUGAAUAAAAUUGCUAUUUUUGGUGACAAUGGAACUAUAAUUCCUGGAGGUGUAAGAGUAGGUACCCCUGCCAUGACGUCAAGAGGGUGUCUGGAAGCUGAUUUUGAAACAAUGGCUGAUUUUCUCAUUAGAGCUGCACAGAUUGCAAGCAUGCUACAAAGGGAGCACGGGAAACUGCAGAAGACAACAUUAAAGGGAUUUGAGAACAAUAGGGAUGUUGUUGAGCUCCGUGCACGGGUUGAAGCUUUUGCAACUCAGUUUGCUAUGCCUGGUUUUGACAUUUGA